UUCAGACGGCCCCACGGCCCCAUCAUACUAUAAAUGCUCUCCUCCCUUGAAAGAAACCAAGCAGGAGAUCUUAGAAUCAACAUCAGAAUCCGAAGCCUCAAACAUUUAACCCCCCCAAAAAAAAGGUUGGAAAUUAAAAAAACAUCAAUCAUGCCAUCUUCAUCAUCAAUUGGGAAGCCCAUUCUUUGCAAAGCUGCGGUAGCUAGGGAAGCAGGGAAGCCGUUAGUGAUAGAGGAAGUGACAGUUGCAGCACCAAAAUCAAAUGAAGUUCGCAUUAAAAUUCUGUGUACUUCUCUUUGUCACAGUGAUCUUACCUUAUGGAGCUUGAAAGAUCCUCCAGGAUUUUUUCCAAGAAUUUUAGGUCAUGAAGCUGUUGGGAUCGUGGAGAGUGUAGGUGAAGGUGUCGAAGAAUUUGCUGAAGGAGAUUUUGUUAUGCCUGUAUUUUUGGCAAAUUGUGGAGAUUGUACUGACUGUAAAUCAAAGAAGAGCAAUCUCUGUACGACGCUGCCAUUUAAGUUAUCAGCUAUGAUGCCAAGAGAUGAAACUAGUAGAUUUACAGAUUCUAAGGGAGACUUCUUGUACCAUUCUUUGCAUGUUUCGAGUUUCACUGAGUAUACGGUUGUGGAUAUUGCUCAUGUAACCAAGGUUGAUCCACGAAUUCCGCCUAACAGGGCUUGCCUUCUCAGUUGUGGAGUUUCCACAGGGGUGGGUGCUGCUUGGAAAACGGCACAAGUUGAUGAAGGCUCAACAGUUGCUAUAUUUGGUCUAGGUGCAAUUGGAUUAGCGGUUGCAGAGGGAGCAAGACUUUGUGGAGCUACUAAAAUCAUUGGUGUAGAUGUAAAUCCUUCUAAAUUUGAAACAGGAAAGAAAUUUGGACUUACACAUUUUGUUAAUCCUAAGGAGAAUGCAACUAAAUCUGUCAGUGAGGUUAUUAACGAGAUGACAGAUGGGGGUGCAGACUUCUGCUUCGAGUGUGUGGGCAUGUCGUCGUUAGUGGAAGAAGCUUUUGCUUGCUGCAGACAGGGUUGGGGGAAGACGGUGGUCCUAGGAGUCGAUAAGCCUAACUCAAAAUUGAGUCUUAGCUCUCACGACGUGCUACACAACGGCAAAAUCCUUACAGGUUCACUGUUUGGAGGUAUCAAAGCCAAAACUGACAUUUCCACUUUAGUUAAGUGGUACUUGGAUAAGAAACUGCGACUGGAUGACUUUGUAACGCAUGAGAUGAAGUUCGAGGAAAUCAACAAGGCCUUCGACUUGCUCAUCGAGGGGAAGUGUCUUCGAUGUGUGUUAUGGAUGGAUAAAAUUGAGGCAUAAGCUUUAGAAAAUCAAAUAAAACUUCUACAUCGUGAGCCUAAUACUAUAAUGAAAUGUAGAACCUUUUUUUCUCUAUGUAUAACGAUGAGUAGUUUUAUGUCUUCAAUCUUGAGCUUGUGGAAUUUCCCUAAUGAGACUGUGUAAUAUGUGUUUGUUCUGCUUUACAAGUAAAAAGGUCAAAAAUUUUUAAGGAGUGUGA